GUGUUGCUUAGUACCGAGAAUCCCCUUCCAUCGAUGGAACUUGACGUGUCCUUGUCUCCGAGUGCGUCUGUGCAACCCGACGCAACCACCCCGGUCCAAACGUCUGAUCCGGAGGAUGGCCUGAGCGUGCCUGCCGGCAGCCUCUCGACGAAGCUGCUCGACUUCAUCCGCUGCUCCGUGCAACAGCGCCAGCAGACCGGCAGUCCCCAGAAGGGCGGUCGAAAGAAACGGCACUUCGGCCUGCAGGACCUCUGCCUCAUCCAACGCGUCGAAGGCGAGUUGCGGAGGGCUUUCGCCACCGCUGGCACGCCAGUCCGUGCAUGGACGCCUUCGACGAGUUUGCUCAAACCAACCUCCGGUGGGCAGCAAGCUUGUUGGAUUCGUGGCCGUCCGCUCGCUUUGAACGGCUUCCAGCGCAUGCUCGUCCACGCUACCGCCACCUACCUAGGCCUGCAUUCCUUCAGCACCUGGAAUGCCUCCUUCGUGGAUCGCCAACUUUGGGUGGAGAACAGAGGCGAGGCGGUUUGCCCCCCGGAGCAGCCUCUUGUGGUUGCCAUCAGGUCUGCGAUCGAGAAGGCCGCUGCCACCUCCUGA